AUGUCGAUACAGCUAAGAGAUGGCUUGCUCGACCAGCUGUUGGACCGCGUACUUGAAGACCUUUUAGUAAGAUUCGUUGUCAAUGUACCUGAAGAAGACUUGUCUUCGAUAGAGAGAAUAUUUUUUCAAGUGGAGGAGGCCCAUUGGUUCUAUUUGGACUAUGUACGUCAAUUGGACCCUAGCCUACCUUCUAUGAAAAUGAAAGCUUUUGCUUCGAAGCUUUUAGAGAAAUGCCCUUUGAUUUGGAAAUGGGGAGAUCCAUCCGAUGCGUUGGCAAGAUUCGGCAAAUACAAGAGCACGAUCCCGGUUAGGGGUGUGGCUUUAUUCAACAAGGAAUUAACAAAGGUGUUGUUGGUGAAAGGGACGGAAUCAAAUGCAUGGUCAUUUCCCAGAGGGAAAAUUUCGAAAGAUGAAAGCGACGUCGAUUGUGCAGUGAGAGAGGCCGAAGAGGAAAUUGGGUUUAAUUGCUCAGAAUUGAUAGACAAGAACGAUUAUGUUGAAAGGACAAUCAGGGGCAAGAAUUACAAGAUCUUUCUCGUGAAAAACGUAUCCGAAGACAUCCAAUUUGAGCCUGUGUCAAAAUAUGAAAUUGCCCAGAUAAAAUGGUUUGAUAUCAAGUCCGUCCAAAAGAAGGUGAAGUCCAAUCCAAAUAAUUUCUUCAUAGUGGCAACAAUUAUCAAGCCUGUGAUGAAAUGGAUAAGCAAGAACAAGGGUGUGAUGAGCGAAGAGGAUCUCAUGCAACAAGCUGAAAUCAAGUUGAAGAAAUUGAUGGGUUUGAACAAACGUAAAGAGAAUGUGGAUGCCGGGCGGGAGUUGCUUAACAUAUUGCAGAGUGCAAAACCUACAUCGCAAGUCGCAAAUAAUCAUGAUGAGUCAGCAAACAAACAAGCCGACAACUCUGGUGUUACUCCAAUGGUUAAUGUUCAGCUUCCACCUCACCUUCAACAUCAACUUCCGUUUUUCACUGGUGGUGCAUACCCCAAUAUUCCUUUUUACAUGCAACCUCCGGCUAAUGUUCCUGGACAACCGCCACAUUUCCCCCAUCCUGGGUUGUUACCUCCACAUCAACAAUACCAUCAACAAAUCCCACCUAAUCCGGAUAGUUUGACAAGACCUGCAACUCAUUCAAAGGAACUAUUAUCUAUCUUGACAACCAAAAAUGAAAAUAAAAGAGGUGAAGAUGGUGGUGCAGCUAGAACCGGAAAGGCAGAUUCUGGUAAUCUCAGAUCAAGAGCUCAGCAACUAAUGAGUGUUUUCCCCAAACGUAAGGCACCCACAGAAUCUAAGAACGACAAAACAGCUAGUGGUAAUGGCGUUUCAAGAAGCGAAAGCCCAAUAAGCAACAGAUCGAGCCCCAGUCAGGAAAUAGCUAAAACUAAACUUGAACUCGAGAGGAUGGGAUUGAACAAAUCCGUACCAGCGGAGAAGGAUAUACCGAGGCCGUUGCUGCGUCAACAGCCAUCCAAUGAAAUUGAGGAGUCCAUUCGCUCCUCUUAUCAACGCCAACCUGCUGUGGGACAAAAGAUCAAAUUACUCAAGAGAUCGGACAAUAAAGAUUCAAAAGACCUUCUAAACCUUUUGAAGCCCAAAAAUGAUGGUACGAGACAGGAUGAUGCCUCAGAUUCGCAACAAAAUAAAGAAGUCGUCAACCAGUCACAAAAGGAAGCGCCUGUCGAAGAACAUGAUGCAAAUGCGUCGUUACAAAUCGAAAAACAACCUUCAGCCGAUCGCGUAGCAUCACAGCAAUUACUUGGCUUUUUACACAGACAGACACCAUCUAAAAGCCACGACGAGGCAAGCAAUGAGAAAAGAGCCGGUACGAUUGCUAAUGUUUUGAACAAGGAAACACGCGAUAAUGACAUCACACCUAGAGUGGUGUCGCCAACUAGAGAUUUCCUCAGUUUACUCAAAAAGCCUAACACUACUGAGUCUCAUGACUCCUUGAGUGUUGACUCGUCAACCUGGGCAAACAAGUCGCAACAGCAGCAAAACAAAUCGCAGUCAUCAGCCUCUGCCAACAAACUACUCAGCUUAUUUGGAAGAAACCAACGUGAUGGUGGCAAAGGUGGUAUAAAUCAAGAUAUCUGGAGCAGUCAAGACAAAGAACCAAGUAUAACCUCACCCAAUGCGUUGUCUAGCAUUCAAAAAUUUGACAGAGAAGUUGGUAGUAAUCAGGCCACGUUGUCAAAUACAGUUGCGUCUCCAGUUUCCGAAAAUUGGGGACUGUCUCAUCCUGAGUCCUAUCAACAGCUGCAGCAAAGUCAACAGCCCGAUAUUUCAGCCAGUAGUGCAUUGAGGGACAUUUUACUAAAGAAUAAUGCCCAACAAUCAUCUCCUAGUUUGAGUGGUGUAUAUGAUUCCACGAGUGGCAAUGUUCUGCAAACCCCGCAAGAUCAGACGCAUCCUGCUCAGAAACUUCACCAGGAACCAAAUAAGGUGGACAAUUUUGAUGAUUUUGAAGAUUUUGAAGACUUUGACAACUUUAACGCAUUUAAUGGGAAAUACGUUUUCGACGAUGAUUCGCUUCCUAAAACUUUCACCAAUUUUGAUGUUGACAGUGACGAUGAAGUUGUUGGUGGUGAUAGUGAGCCAAAGCAUACACAGCAGUCACAUCAACCAUACUACCCAAGUGGCACAUUCCCACAGCAUCAAAAACAACAGCAACAACGUCAACAACCACCAGGACAGCUAGACAGUCCAACAGGGGACAAGCAAGAGACAGUACAUUUGGCAGAACCAAAUUUCAAUCUUUCUACAUCCAGUCGAUCGACCAUUGGUCAACAGGACCAAUCAAAUAAUCCAGGUAAAGGAUUACUCGCAUUAUUGAACCGUGGGAAGUCGACUUCUUAA